AUGAAUGCUGCUGGACUUCCACAAGAGCACAUGCAGUGGGAGUACAAUCUUAACUUUAUAUGUACAUCAAAUAUAGCACCUCCACUAGAAAUGCUCAAAGGCGUUGUUGAGCAAAUUGAAUCAUGUCAAGAAACAGGUAUCUGGGCCUAUGACUGCAGCUGCCACAACAUUAUACUUGUGAUCAUCUCGGUCCUUGCAUUGCUCGGUGACAAUCCAAUGCAAAGUCUAAUGUCGAAGUUUUUUUGCUGUUGUUGCUGGGUAAAGGGGAAAGAUGUUACUGACAUGCUUGAGGUUGGUGGUGUUAAGAAGGAGACUGUGCAUGGAAUGCUUCAUGGCAUGGUCUCAAAUGAUGCAGAAACCCAGAGCAUCUCACAUCAGAUGCUUGAAAAUGCAUUGACUCUUGCACGUCAGAAGGAAAAUGUAGAUCUCCAGACAUCUACUGGUGUGAAGGACACAGUACUCUGCUUUUUCCUUGACAAAUUAGAGAAGUACUUCUGGCAAGAUGCAGUUGAACAUCUCUCUGCCAUCAACAAAGCUACCAUUGAGGCUCAUUUGUCAACUCUCAAUGUUUCUGGCCUCAGUCAAGUUGUUGUUUUUGUACUGUAUGACAUGCUUGAAACCAAGAUCCUUGAUGCAUGGGCUGUGCUAUGUGUCCUUGUCCCACUUCUUUGGAUGCCAAAAAUUGACAAUUUUGAUGAUUAUAUGGUUGAACUCAAUGCAGCAAUCAAAAGAUUCAUGGACUGUACUGCUCACUGGACACCACAAUGGUUCAACAAGCUGAAAUUUCACCUCAUUUUGCACAUUGUUGACCACAUAUGGAGAUUUGGCCCCACAAUCACAUUUGCCACAGAAGUCCAUAAGUCAUACAACAACAUCAUUUGUGGCUGGUAUGAUUUGCAAAAAGAGCAAAAACGCGCCCUCUCAUUUGGAACCAAACUUUGUCAUCAACAUACUGUGUUUCCCCAGUGUUGGGAAGUCGUCAUUUGCAAUGGUGAUCCUGUUGCACUUGAUUCAUUCAUGGUAUUCCAUGUCCAAGACCACUUCUUAGUUGGCAAGGUGGCCAAAAUUUUGAUGAGGGGACAGGAUUUUGAGGGGAAAGCAGACUGGGUUUUACUUCAAUGUUAUAAGAUUGGUCCCCUUGUCCAGCUGUACUGGAUGCCUUCACUCUCAAAAACUGAGAGGUAUCACUUGGUCACUCCAGAGCAAAUUGACUGCAGUGUCAAUGCACAACACAAUUGUGCAGCUAAUCAAUGCAAGCUCACUUCAACACGACCAGUGUUUCUUGAAUGGGAGCAUCAGGUGGAGGACACACAGGCAGUGAGACAUCAUGAUGAUCACACAGAGGAUUUAAUCCUCAAUGUGGCAAAGAUGCAAGAUGCAAAAUUUAUUUUGAAAUUUAGAGAAGCUGCCCCACCACUUGAUACUGACUCACUUGUCACCAUUGUUUGUGAAUCUGAACUAGCAGCAGGUCCUGCCAUUGCCCAAAAUCAUGGCAAUAUCAACAUUAAUUUCAACUCCAAUUGUCCAUUGACCACAGUACCCAACUCUCAAUCUCAGGCUCCCGCAUACCACAAUCACAGUGCUAAUUCCCCUUAUUCAGCUGCACCAGUCCAACCCUCUGCAGGCCAGAAAUGCACAUGUUCAUCAUUGUAUGAUGAAAACAGUGAUGAAAAAUUUGAUCAAUCUUUGACCUCCCAAGUGCCUCAGUCAAGUGCAACUCAGUUGCCUGCUGCUGUGGUGCCACCAUCUGGAUCUAUUCAAGCUGCUGCGGAUAUGCCACUGCCCACAAAGAUGACAUCUCUUAUGUCCUUUGCUGCUCUGAACAUGUGCUUACAACUUGUAGAAGAAACCACUGCAAAAGUUGCUACAUUCUCCUCCAAGUUGGCAGUUGUCAAGGGUCUUAUCAAAACAUUGUGGGUGGUUGAUGAUGCCUUGAAGGCUCAAUUUAUGGAUAUGGCAAAGCGGGCACUUGUCAAAGAAGACCAAACAAACUUUGUCAACAUGUACCAAGAUGUUCUGCAUGAUGUUGAGCAACAUCCAGAUGACCUGAAGAUUACUGAACAACUCAAGGCCAAGAUCCAUAGAGCAACUAUUAUUCGUGCAAUUUGCAAUGCAUGCAACAAUGCCCACAACAAUGCAUGGAGAUUUUCAUGCACAGCUUGCCAGAUCCUCGUAUCAGUGCAGGAUGGCCCCUUAUGCCUGACUCUUGAAGAUUUCACAGUCUCAUGGCUCAAUUGCUUCAACCCUGCUGUGGCCACAAUACUGCUGUCAGUCACACUGCUGGCACAAGUAGUACAAAUAUGUGACUUUGCCAUGCACAAUCUCAAGCUGCUUGACUUGGACAGGAACAACAAUGAUGAGAAUGAUGAAAGUGGGACACCAGCUCCUGCAUCACACCACAGCAAAAAGAAGGUCAAGGCUGACACAGCCAAACCGAAAUUUUGGAAGCAGUUUGAGACCCACCUUCAUACUCAAAGAGAUCAUUAUGUGCAAGACAAGGAUGGCUAUCAGCAUUAUAUUGCAGGAUUAAUCGCCAAGGAUCAUGCACAAUUUAGCAAGCCUAACACCACUGUUUCGCAAGGCAACAAUGCCCUGGGAUCUUCAACCAACCCCCAUGCACCAAUGACUGCUGACCAUGACCUUAACAGCAUGCUGGCAACAAUGUUUGAUUUUUCAGGGCGCCACUGA